AUGAACCUGUGGAGAUUGAAAGAUCUUUUGGAGCUCAACUUGUCCUUAACUUCUUUAGUUGGCUACUUGACCCCAGAAAUUGGAAGCCUAAAAGUUGUGACAAAAAUAGACCUAUCCAAAAAUUGGUUAUCAGGUAUUGUUCCUAGCACAAUUGGAGGUCUGCAAGAUUUGUCGACUCUAUUAUUAGCACAUAACAGAUUGCAGGGACCACUUCCUGAGUUACUUGGUAACUUGAUAAGCUUGGAGUUUUUGGAUUUAUCUCAUAACAAUAUCUCUGGAACUAUUCCGAAGUCCUUAGAGGCGCUCUUUCAUCUUAAAUACCUCAAUGUAUCUUACAAUAAAUUAAGAGGAGAAAUUCCAAAUGGUGGAGCUUUCACAAACUUCACUUACCAGUCUUUUAUGUCAAAUGAAGAUUUGGGUGGUGCUCCUCGGUGGCUAGUGCCUCUAUCCGAGUCUAGUUCUCUUCAAAGAUCAUGGAAGAAAAGAGUGCUUCUAGUUGUGUAUAUCUCCCUGCCGAUUGCGAUAAUGGUUCUUGCCUUGACCUUGAUAUUCAUUUUGAUUAGGCGACAAAGGAGAAGUACCAUCCCAAUUGAAAAUGAUUUGUUUCGUGCAACCACCCAAGAAAGAAUUUCAUAUUAUGAACUUCGACAAGCAACUCACAAUUUCAAUGAAAGCAACUUGCUUGGCAUGGGUGGCUUUGGUUCGGUUUACAGAGGGAUCCUUACAUAUGGGACGCAUCUAGCCAUAAAAGUAUUCAAUUUGCAACUAGAAGGUUCAUUCAAGGGUUUUGAUACUGAAUGUGAAGUAUUGCGCAAUCUUCGCCACCGAAAUCUUACCAAAGUCAUUAGCAGUUGCUCUAAUCUUGAUUUCAAGGCACUAGUGUUCCAGUAUAUGCCCAAGGGAAGCCUUGAAAAGUGGUUGUAUUCCCAUAACCAUUUCUUAGACAUCUUGCAGAGAUUAGAUAUAAUGAUAGAUGUGGCCUAUGCAUUGGAUUAUCUCCACCAUGGCUACUCCAUACCCGUGGUUCAUUGUGACUUGAAGCCUAGCAAUGUUUUGCUAGAUGAAAAUAUGGUUGCACAUGUGAGUGAUUUUGGCAUUGCAAAAUUAUUGGGUGAGGAGAGUACUACAUUAACCAAGAGUCUGGCUACAUUGGGAUACAUUGCACCAGAGUAUGGAUUGGAAGGAUUAAUCUCCACAAGGUGUGAUGUUUACAGUUAUGGCAUUAUGUUGAUGGAGAUAUUUACAAGAACAAAACCUUCUGAUGAAAAGUUCACUGGAGAUUUAACCCUAAAGAAUUGGGUGAAUGAUGCACUACCAAAUGCCAUAAUUCAAGUGAUAGAUGCCAACUUAAUAAGGGCAGAUGACGAACACUUGACUGUGAAAGUGGAAUGUGUAUUAUCCAUCAUGGAGUUGGCUUUGAAAUGCUCUACAGAAUCACCUGUAGAGAGGAUUAGCAUGAGGGAGGUUGUCACUGCUCUCCAGAAAAUCAAACUUCAGUUUCUUGUGAA